UGCGGCGUGGGUGUCAUGGCGGUCUCCGCGCUGGGGUCGGCGUGGGGCCCGCUGCGACUUGGCAGCGUGGCGGCGGCCAGCGGACUGGGCGCCUCAGGCACUGACGGCUACUGCAUGGAGCUGCUGCGGAAACGAGAUUAUGAAGGCUAUUUAUGCUCCCUGCUGCUCCCUGCAGAAUCCAGAAGCUCUGCUUUUGCACUCAGAGCCUUCAAUGUGGAACUGGCUCAGGUUAAGGACUCAGUCUCUGAGAAAACAAUUGGACUGAUGCGAAUGCAGUUUUGGAGGAAAACUGUGGACGAUAUAUACUGUGACAAUCCACCACACCAGCCUGUGGCCAUUGAAUUGUGGAAGGCUGUCAAAAGACAUAAUCUGACUAAAAGAUGGCUUAUGAAAAUCAUUGAUGAAAGAGAAAAAAAUUUGGAUGACAAAGCUUAUCGUAAUAUCCAGGAACUGGAAAGUUAUGCUGAAAACACACAGAGCUCUCUUCUUUAUUUAACACUAGAAAUACUGGGUAUAAAGGAUCUCCAUGCAGAUCAUGCCGCGAGUCACAUUGGAAAAGCACAAGGCAUUGUCACUUGCUUGAGAGCAACGCCGUAUCAUGGAAGCAGAAGAAGGGUGUUCCUUCCCAUGGAUAUUUGUAUGCUGCAUGGUGUUUCACAAGAGGAUUUUCUACGGAAGAAUCAAGAUAAAAAUGUGAGAGAUGUGGUAUAUGAUAUUGCCAGCCAGGCACACUUGCACCUAAAGCAUGCGCGGUCCUUUCACAAAAGUGUUCCUGUGAAAGCAUUUCCUGCCUUUCUUCAGACGGUUGCUCUGGAGGACUAUUUAAAGAAAAUUCAACAAGUGGAUUUUGAUAUAUUCCACCCAUCUUUACAGCAAAAGAAUACAUUACUUCCAUUAUCUUUGUAUAUUCGGUCAUGGAGAAAAAGAUAUUAAAAUUAUGGUACUGGUUUUAAUUUACUUUUAUUUGUUUUACAAAAGUAUACUAGUUAGGGUUCUUGUUUACAAACAAUAGGAACUGACUCUCUUAAGGAGAAAACGAAUGUAUUGGAUGGAUGUGUGUAGCUCACAGAGUUGAUGAGAAGUUGCUCUGGGGCUAGGGUGCCAAGACACUGCCAAGAUUCUGCCUCAGGCACUGCCAUUGUCACCACCAGCCCACACAGUGCCUGCUGUGCCAUCCCUGUAAAGUUGGAGCCCCAGGAGGGAGCAUCGGUUUAGCUCUGCUUAGGCUGCAGGCCAUGCUUCAGCCACCAGAGGGCAGGGAGAAGGAAUGUCUCCUUCCUUCUUCACUCUUGGAGAAGAAGGGGGAAAGGGCUCAAGAAGUGCUGGGUUAGCACACUGAGCAGCCAGAACUCAGGUAUCUAUUACAGCUGGGUCACAAAGAGUGACGUUAAUAUUUGAGGAGUGUCAGUCAUUAUGUUGAGGGCUUUAUAUUCCUAACAUUUAAUCUUUACGACUCUAUGGAAGUGUAUCCAUGAUGAUUACUUCUUUAAGAUAAGACGGCUGGCAAGAGUUGGA